ACGCUGUCAGAGGUGGCCACCUGCCUCAAGACGAGCCCGCGUGACUGCGCGUUUCAAGUCAAACAUCCAUUCGAUUCUCACCCCCACGACGCUCUUCCACCAAGAAAUCGACUCCUACCUCAUCGCUAUCCACCAUGGGAUUAUAUUGCGUGUUUGGUCCACUCGGCCGGGCAAUUGCCGCCUGCCACACCCUCUUCAUUAUCGCCUAUUUGAUUGCGAUUGCGGCGGCCAUCAUCGUUGCCAUUAGGACCUUUAGGAAGAAAGCCAUGAUUUCCGUUCUGCUUGUUACUGUUGCAACACUGGCAAUGGUGUUCUACUGCAUUUCCAACAUCUUGGCGUUAGCCACUGAGGUGCAUGUAGCAUGCUCCAACAACCUCUUACCCGCGCUACUGAUCGCCGAAAGCGUCCUAGCUGUUAUUGGAGACGCAUUGCUCCUCGCCGCCCUGCUGCUACUUCCUCACCACCUGGGCCGGCUCCCUAUCCUGGCCAUUAUUGUACAAGGGGUCACUUUUGUCAUUGUUUGGGCACUCAUGUUAGCGUGGGUUAUCAGCCGCUGGUUUACAACCAGUAUCGACCUCUUCCGAGCCACCUACGCCCUCUACGGAUUCGCCGUCUGCCUGACUAUUGGACUUUCUUUCUACGGCCUCAUCGCGCAGCGCCCGAAAGGAACCGCGCAAAUAUACCACCUUGUUGUCCUCGCCGUUAUUAGCUGCUUGAUGGUGGUCUGGUUUGUUCUGACCUUUGUGUGGUUCAUUCCACUCGCUACUGUGCACGGCUUGGAUGGGUCCAGCUAUAUGGUCGUUGAGGUCGACAAGGUCAUCCGUGUCAUCGUUCUGGGAUACCUCAUUGAGUUGGCAAGGUUCGCUGUUCUGCUUCUUAUCACUCUUGCGGCGGAACUGGGUGGAGCCGGUGUGCAAGAUCAAGAGGCCUACGAGGCAUGAAGUGUUAGCUCUUGUUUGAAUUACCUAUAGCUCUCCCCCUUUACCCUACGUAGUACUGGUCAACAGAACCUCUUUCUAGCCC